UUUUUCUAUCUCUAGGAGCAGGACCGACCGGAAGGAGCAGGCGGAAGUGACGCAGACCACCCCACCUGAUGCUGAAUUGGGCUUUUCCGGCUUUCUGUCUCCGUUCGGGGUCUCCGGUUUGGGCUGCCGCGGGACGGAGACAUGCCAUGCCCCGGAAGGGGAAAGCACAGACUAAGGACUUCGUAAAGCCUUCUGUUCCUCCCGUUCCAGUGACAACUGAUAAAAAUGGUUCUGUUGUCAUUUCUAUUCAUGCCAAACCAGGAUCUAAACAAAAUGCUGUAACAGAUCUGACCACCGAUGCGGUAAGCGUGGCCAUCGCAGCCCCUCCCUCCGAAGGGGAAGCCAACGCAGAGCUCUGUCGCUACCUCUCUAAAAUCCUUGAAGUCAAGAAGAACGAUGUGGUGUUGGAGAAGGGGAGUAAAUCUCGAGAAAAAAUUGUGAAAAUUUUGGCCCCGCUGACUCCAGAGGAUGUUUUGGAGAAGCUGAGGAAAGAGAGUUCCAGCUGAAGCGAUGCCUAACCAAAGCCUUCAUCAGUUGUUUCUCCAGACGCAAAGAAUGACUUCGUUUUGGUGUAUGAGAGCUCACAGAUACAAGUGGUGGAGAACCCAGCAAGAGAUCUGUAGACAGCUGUAAAGCUUAAUUUAAGAUAUAAAAAAGGGUCCGGUUAUUUUAGUGUCAUAAUAACAAGGUGCAGAGUUAUUUGAAAGAACCUCACUGGGCCCUGAAGAUAACCUUUCUCAGUCCAUCUCGACAUUUUUUUCCAAGUAGCUUAGUUUUGUUUAGCUGGUCGGGAAGGCAAAUAGUCAUUUUCAUUGCAUCAAAGGUGAUACAUAUCCAUGGAAAGAUAAUUUAAUCAAGAAUGUAAUGCAAUAACUUUUAUGAAGGAUUUGCUAUUAGAAUAGCAGUUACAGUAUAAAGAAGAAAAGUGAAACACGUAGAAAAAAUGAGGUAUGCAAAAAUUAUCACCAUAGAAAAAAUGAGAUAUACAAAAAUUAUCACCAU